GUCAUGUCCGCGCGCCGCCAGAGCUGAGGGAAGGAAGUCGGCCUGCGAGCCGUUUGGGCUGCGUCUGCAGGGACGCGGGCAGCUGCGGUAGCUGCUUUGACCAGUUGAGGGCGGCGCGAUGGGAGACGAAAUGGAUGCCGUGAUCCCCGAGCGGGAGAUGAAGGAUUUUCAGUUUAGAGCACUGAAGAAGGUGAGAAUCUUUGACUCCCCUGAGGAGUUGCCCAAGGAACGCUCGAAUCUGCUUGCCGUGUCCAACAAGUAUGGCCUGAUCUUCGCUGGUGGAGCCAGUGGGUUGCAGAUUUUUCCUACUAAAAAUCUUCUUAUUCAGAAUAAACCUGGAGAUGAUCCCAAUAAGAUAGUUGAUAAAGUUCAAAGCUUGCUAGUUCCUAUGAAAUUCCCGAUACAUCACCUGGCCCUGAGCUGUGAUAACCUCACACUUUCCGUGUGCAUGAUGUCCAGUGAAUAUGGUUCCAUUAUUGCUUUUUUUGAUGCUCGCACUUUCUCAAAUGAGGCCAAACAGCAGAAACGCCCGUUUGCAUAUCAUAAGCUCCUGAAAGAUGCAGGAGGCAUGGUGAUCGAUAUGAAGUGGAACCCUACUGUUUCCUCCAUGGUGGCAGUUUGUCUGGCUGAUGGCAGCAUUGCUGUCCUACAAAUCACAGAGACAGUGAAAGUGUGUGCGACUCUUCCUUCCACAGUAGGAGUAACAUCUGUCUGCUGGAGCCCCAAAGGAAAGCAGCUGGCAGUGGGGAAACAGAAUGGAACUGUGGUCCAGUAUCUUCCUACUUUGCAGGAAAAGAAAGUCAUUCCUUGUCCUCCAUUUUAUGAGGCAGAUCAUCCUGUCAGAGUUCUGGAUGUGCUGUGGAUCGGUACAUAUGAAUUCACAAUAGUAUAUGCUGCUGCGGACGGGACCUUGGAAACUGCUCCAGAUGUGGUGAUGGCUCUACUCCCGAAAAAAGAAGAAAAGCACCCAGAAGUGUUUGUGAACUUUAUGGAGCCCUGCUACGGCAGCUGUACAGAGAGGCAGCAUCAUUACUACCUCAGCUACAUUGAAGAAUGGGAUUUAGUGCUGGCAGCAUCUGCGGCUUCAACAGAAGUUAGUAUCCUCGCUCGACAAAGCAGCCAGAGUAAUUGGGAAUCUUGGCUGCUGGAGGAUUCUAGCCGAGCUGAACUGCCUGUGACAGACAAGAGUGAUGAUUCCUUGCCCAUGGGAGUUGCCAUCGAUUACACCAACCAAGUGGAAAUCACCAUCAAUGAUGAGAAGACUCUUCCUCCUGCUCCAGUUCUUAUGUUACUUUCAACAGAUGGUGUGCUUUGUCCAUUUUACAUGAUCAAUCAAAAUCCUGGUGUUAGGUCCCCCCUCAGGACACCAGAGCGGCUCUCAUUGGAAGGAGAGCGACAACCCAAGUCAUCAGGAAGUACUCCUACUACCCCCACCUCCUCUCAGGCCCCACAGAAGCUCGAUGCCACAGCAGCCAUAGCUCCUGCCUCUGUUCUGCCUUCAUCACCGGCUGCUCCCACCUCCACCUUCUCUUUGCCUUCUGCCGUUGGAGCCCCUGCUGUGUUCUCCUUUGGUUCUUCAUCCUUGAAGUCGUCUGGUUCUGUCACUGGGGAGGCCGCUCCGUGUUCCAGUGCCUCUGACAGUUCCAAAGCAGCCUUGGGCCCUGGAGCGUCCUCCUUCUCUUUUGCUCCUCCUCCUCCUCAGGCCUCCCUCGUACUCACCCCUGCGGCCUCUCCCAUGGCACCCUCAGCUGCCUCAUUCUCCUUUGGAUCAUCGGGUUUUAAGCCUACCCUGGAAAGCACGCCAAUGCCAAGCGUGUCUGCUCCAAACACAGGAAUGAAGCCCAGCUUCCCACCAUCAGCCUCUGCAGUCAAGGUCAACCUUAGCGAAAAGUUCACGGCCGCGGCCACCUCUGCUCCUGUUCACAGCUCACAGAGCGCACCCUCAAUGCUGCCAUUCUCCUCGGCCUCCAAGCCAGCAUCCUCUGGACCUCUCAGCCACCCUGCACCUCUCUCGGCAUCAUCCAGUUCCUUGUCAUCCAAGCCCUCAGUCUCUUCCUCAGUAUCGGGGCGAUCUGCUCAGGGUGGUCCAAGUCCAGUGCCGUCGAUGGUACAGAAAUCACCCAGGAUAACCCCUCCAGUGGCCAAGUCCGGCUCUCCCCAGGCAAAAUCACUUCAGCCUCCUGUUACAGAAAAGCAGGGACAUCAGUGGAAAGAGUCAGAUCCUGUGAUGGCUGGAAUCGGGGAGGAGGUCACUCACUUUCAGAAGGAGUUGGAAGAGUUGAAAGCCCGAACUUCCAAAGCCUGUUUCCAAGUGGGCACUUCUGAGGAGAUGAGGAUGCUGAGAACAGAAUCAGAUGACCUGCACACCUUUCUUUUGGAGAUUAAAGAGACCACAGAGUCUCUUCAUGGAGAUAUAAGUACCCUGAAAACAACUUUACUUGAGGGCUUUGCUGGUGUUGAAGAAGCCAGAGAACAAAAUGAGAGAAACCGUGACUCUGGGUAUCUGCACUUGCUCUAUAAGAGGCCGCUGGACCCCAGGAGUGAGGCUCAGCUCCAGGAAAUUCGGCGCCUUCAUCAGUAUGUGAAAUUUGCUGUCCAAGAUGUGAAUGAUGUUCUAGACUUGGAGUGGGAUCGGCAUCUGGAACAAAAGAGAAAACAAAAGCGCCUGCUUGUGCCGGAGCGAGAGACGCUGUUUAACACCCUUGCCAACAACCGGGAAAUCAUCAACCAACAGAGGAAGAGGCUGAAUCACCUGGUGGAUAGUCUCCAGCAGCUCCGUCUUUAUAACCAAACCUCCCAGUGGGGCCUUCCCUUGGAUGUUCCCUCGCAGAGCAGCACUCACAGUUUUGACAGUGACCUCGAAAGCCUGCGCAAUGCUUUGUUGAAAACAACCAUAGACUCUCAAACCAAACCCUUGCCCAAAGUCCCAGCUAAACUGUCCCCCGUGAAACAGGCACAGCUGAGAAACUUCUUGGCCAAGAGGAAGACCCCACCGGUGAGAUCUACUGCUCCAGCCAGCCUGUCUCGGUCAGCUUUCCUGUGUCAGAGGUAUUAUGAAGACUUGGAUGAAGUCAGCUCAACGUCAUCCAUUUCCCAGUCUCUGGAAGGUGAAGACACACGGGCAUCCUGUAAGGAUGACGACGCAGUGGUCCAGGUUCCCCGGCAUGCUCCCGUGGUUCGAACGCCUUCCAUCCAGCCCAGUCUUUUGCCCCAGGCGACUCCUUUUGCUAAAUCUCACCUGAUUCAUGGUUCGCCAGGUGUGAUGGGAACUUCAGUGUCUACACCUGCUAGCAAAAUUAUUCCCCAAGGGGCUGAUAGCACAAUGCUUGCAACAAAAACCGUGAAGCAUGGCGCCCCUGGCCCUUCCCACCCCAUCUCUGCUCCCCAGGCGGCCGCUGCGGCAGCCCUGAGACGGCAGAUGGCCAGUCAGGCGCCAGCUGUCAGUACUUUGACCGAAUCAACUUUGAAGAAUGUCCCUCAAGUGGUAAAUGUGCAGGAAUUGAAGAAUAAUCCUACAGCCCCCUCUGCAGCGAUCGGUUCUUCAGUGCCGUACUCUGCAGCCAAAACACCGCACCCGAUGUUGACCCCAGCGGCUGCUAACCAAGCUAAGCAGGGAUCUCUGAUAAACUCCUUAAAGCCGUCUGGGCCCACACCAGCGUCCAGUCAAUUGUCAUCUGGUGAUAAAGCUUCAGGACCAGUGGCAACCAAGAUAGAGACAGCUGUGACGUCUACCCCAUCUGUUGUUGGGCAGUUCAGCAAGUCUUUCGCAUUUUCUCCUUCAGGGACUGGCUUUAAUUUUGGGAUAAUCACACCAACACCGUCUUCUAAUUUCACUGCCACACAAGGGGCAACACCCCCCGGGAAAGAGUCAAACCAGCUGGACACAUUCUCCUUUGGCGGGACAGGCAAACCUUUUUACGAGGCCGUUCCUGAAAGCUCACCUCCCUCGGGAAUGACGACGUCAAGUAGCACGGGAGCUGCUGGUCCCUCUCCGGGGGAGUCUGCUCCGUCCGGCGGCAGGCCCGUGGCACCUUCUGGAAUUGCUCUUUCCACCCCCUCUGGCAAGCUGGAAGCUCCACCGUCCAAGUUGGGAGAGCUUCUGUUUCCAAGUUCUCUGGCUGGAGAGACUCUAGGAAGUUUUUCAGGACUGCGGGUUGGCCAAGCAGAUGAUUCUACAAAGGGAGCCAGUAAGGCUUCAUCCCCAGGCGGGACUGGUGCUAGUGCACAGCCCACCAAGACUUUGGCCGUCCCCUCCGGGUUUAGUUUCACCGGCCCCGUGGUGCUGGGGAAGCCCGCGGAGCCUCCCGUGACGACCUCUGCGGCCACCACUGCGGUGACCCCGGCGGCGGCGGCCGGCCCCAGCCCCAGCCCCGGCCCCGGCCCCGGCCCCGGCAGUUCCUCGACUGGCGUCUUCGGCAGCCUGCCGCUCACCAGUGCGGGACCCUCCAGCGUAAUCAGUUUUGGGGGGCUAUCUCUAAGCGGUAGCAAGACCAGUUUUCCGUUCGGAGGCCAGCAGACAAGUAGUACAGCGCCGUCCUCUGCCGUUGCCGCUGCCACACCCCUUCCUACGUCCCUUCCCGCCUUGUCGUUCGGCAGCCUCCUGAAUUCAGCGUCUGCUCCCGCCCUGCCCCCGUCCCCCGGCAAAAGCCCAGAGGCAGCCACGUCAUCGGCUGUGCCCGAGAAGCCAGGUGGCAGCGAGGCCUCGGUGUCAGCAGCCUCCCUCCUAGGGCAGCAGCCAUCUACCCAGCUUCCCCAGGCUCCUCCUCAAACGUCUGACUCCGUGAAGAAGGAGCCCGCUCUCGCCCAGCCUGCGGUCAGCAGCCCUGGUACGGCGGCACCCAGUGCCACCGUCCUAGCGCCGACCGCGGAGGCCACUCCGACAGCCACCGGGGCCCCGGACGCCAAGACCGAACCACCGUCCCCGGCCCCCGCCCCGGCCGCGCCUGGGCAGAUCGCCGUCGCAGCACCUGCCGUCCCAGGUGCCGGCCCCGUGGCCCCAGAAACAUCCAGGCCUCCCGCCACCUCCAGCGCUGUUUCCGGUGAUGCUCCAGGCCCAGCCACGGAGCCCGCAGUGUUUGGGGCGGUCACUUCGGGCUCGCCUGUCUUUACUCAGCCGCCGGCCGCCAGCUCUAGCUCGGCUUUCAGCCAGCUCACCAGCCACACAGCCACCGCCCCCUCGGCGACCCCCGUGUUUGGGCAGGUGGCCGCCAGCACCGCCCCGAGCCUGUUCGGGCAGCAGGCGGGCGGCAUUGCCAGCACGGCGGCUGCCGCGCCGCAGGUCAGCGGCUCGGGGUUCGGCAGCCCAGCGUUUGGCACCUCCGCCCCGGCGGUCUUUGGACAGACGAGCUUCGGGCAGGCCCCGGCCUUCGGGCAGCCGACCAGCAGCCCCGCGAGCGGCUUUUCCUUCAGUCAGCCUGGCUUCAGCUCCGUGCCGGCUUUUGGUCAGUCCACGUCCCCCACCCCCGCGUCCACCAGCGGGAAUGUCUUCGGUGCAUCUUCAGGCGCCAGUAGCUCCAGCUCCUUCUCAUUUGGACAGUCUUCUGCCAACACUGGAGGGGGGCUCUUUGGCCAAAGCAGCCCUCCUGCUUUUGGCCAGAGUCCUGGCUUUGGGCAGGGAGGCUCUGUGUUCGGUGGCGCCUCAGCCACCACCACGACGGCAGCAUCCUCUGGGUUUAGCUUUUGUCAAGCGUCAGGUUUUGGGUCUAGUAAUACUGGUUCUUUGUUUGGUCAAGCAGCCAGUACUGGUGGAACAGUCUUUGGCCAGCAGUCGUCCUCUUCCAGUGGCAGCGUGUUUGGGUCUGGAAACACUGGAAGAGGGGGAGGUUUCUUCAGUGGCCUUGGAGGGAAACCCAGCCAAGAUGCAGCCAACAAAAACCCGUUCAGCUCGGCCAGCGGGGGCUUUGGAUCUACGGCCACCCCAAAUACCUCUAACCUUUUUGGAAACAGUGGAGCCAAGACGUUCGGCGGAUUUGCCAGCUCAUCAUUUGGAGACCAGAAACCUGCUGGCACCUUUAGCGCUGGAGGAGGAAGUGUGGCCUCCCAAGGCUUUGGGUUUUCCACUCCAAGUAAAACAGGUGGCUUCGGUGCUGCUCCAGUGUUCGGCAGCCCUCCUACUUUUGGGGGAUCCCCUGGGUUUGGAGGGGUACCAGCAUUCGGUUCAGCCCCAGCCUUUACAAGCCCUCUGGGCUCGACGGGAGGCAAAGUGUUCGGAGAGGGUACCGCGGCCGCCAGCGCGGGAGGAUUCGGGUUUGGGAGCAGCAGCAACACCACGUCCUUCGGCACCCUCGCCAGUCAGAACGCCCCGACUUUCGGAUCGCUGUCCCAACAGCCGUCUGCGUUCGGGACCCAGAGCGGGGGAUUCUCUGCCUUCGGAUCAGGCAGCGGAGGAUUUAGCUUUGGAUCAUCUAGCUCGUCUGUCCAGGGCUUUGGUGGCUGGAGAAGCUGAAUGGGUGUCGGUGUUCCUUUCUGUUCCUGUGACCAGCUGCGUUCUCAGCUCCCCUUCACUGAGAAACCCGGGAGCAGUCCUUUGAACUGGACAUUCUCAUUGAAAUACACACCCCGAAAGAAACAGCAGAAACCAAACUCCAGAAAUGCUUGAUUGCUUGUUUUGUUUUAUAUUUUGUGUUGGUUGUUCCCCCCCGACCCCUGCUAUUAAACUGUUUGGCCUGUUUCCAUACAGAAUGUAUGUGGGCUUUUUCAGGUCACAGCCAAGGAGAGAGGUUUCCUCAUUUCUGUGGCUCUGAGAAACCUGCACAGCCUGCCAUCAGCCAGCAGCAUGUGUCUUCAAAGACGGCUGCCAAAAGGGUCCAGCAUAGGAUACAGAUAGGCAGGCGCUUCUCCCAGACAGUCUCCCCUGGUCUCCUCGGACUGGGGCCCUCCCCAGGGGGAAGAGGUUGAGUGCUGGCCAGCACCUUUUUGAGGCCAUAACUCGGUGUCUUUUCUUCACGUCCUUUUUGCUGUUGAGUAUGAGGCCCCUCAAGGUGCCAACUUCGUGAUUGAGUAGAGGGAAAGAAACUCACUUAUGCAGGCAUUAGCUGAGUUUCAGGAGAGGUAUUAACACCUCAGAGUACAGGUAGCUGUGAGGCAGGCAUGGAAAGCAUGCCAGGGGGUGCUGAUGACAGGGGUGCUGCCCUUGGAACACCUCUGCUCAUUCUCUCAGUUUGGCUCUUGGGCACUGUGUGUCCAACGGCUAAUUUCUUAUACUCUGGCAGCAAGGUGGGCAGUUGAUUGAGAAACACCUUUUAUCUCCAGUAGGUGACGGUGACAUGGGUGACCACUCCUGGCCCCUGUCUAUGAACCGCAGUGCACAUAACCCUUGGGUAGACCCAGGAGUUGAGAAGAUGUUGCUACUGCCCGAUGCCACCAGGCAAGUGUUUGCUAGGGUGGCCUAGAGAUCGUGACUUUGGUCUCAUUAAAGUGCUUGUAAUGCAGUGUUCUUCAGGUCUCGGCAUAUUUUAGUUCUUAGGCCUGUGAUGUCCUUGCCAGUUGCUGACAAACAAGGACUGCCUUGCACCAAAGCGUAGGCGUAAGAAUUUGUUAUCUUUCAGGCUCAGAAUAGGACAGCGCUUUGGCUUGGGUCAUUAGCAGGGGAGGGUUGGAAAGGGACAGUUAUUUAGAUUUUUAUACAUUGGAAAGUUGUAUUUUGAAAGGUGUUAAUAAAAGUUUUCCAUGUGGUUGAA